UAAAAUUGUUGAGUAAGUAGAAAAUAAGUUACGUCUACCUGGUGGCAGUGGUACCUAGUAAGAAGUCAACUAAACUAGUCUAGUUCACUUUUAUCUUUAAAUAACAUGAGGGCCAAACUCUUACCUAAGAAUCAUCGCAAACCCUUCCGACAUAAAGAUAUAAAACAGUGGAUUAGCUUAACAAGUUCCAUCUUUUUUGUUGGAAUAUUUGCAUACCUACAAGAGAAGAAAUUUAGUGAAUUAUGUGUUCCGGUUGCAGUUGGAUUGUUUGUAUUUAUUUGUCAGAGAAUUUGUUUGUUCCUGCUAGAACUAUUCAUGUACAGACAGUUUGACAUGUCUCGUACGCUGCAACUUCUGAUUCAGCCCAGUAGUACAUCUUCUGAAUACCCGAAUGUGCACGGAUUUUGGUUAAGGAUUCUAGCAUUUUCUCUCUCCUUAUCACAUUGCUCUUCUAAGGAAAUGUGGUUUGAUGAUAAAUUUGAUGUAGCGUUAUUAGUAUACCUGAUCAUUCUAGGAAUACUGUUGGGAUGGCAAGACUGCGCCCUGUUAGAGUCUCACAGGCUGAUGAAGCCGUUUACGUACUGUGGUGGAAGUGCGAUGGCCUUCAGUUUUUAUCACGGUUACCUCAAGUUAAUUGCACCUGGCUUGAUCAGCAGAAUAACUCAAUUUCAAGAUAAUAACCAACUCAAUACCAACCAGAUUCCACAAAAAAAGCUUUACAUACUGAUCCCAUCAUCAUCAUAUGUUUUUGACAAACUUGAUGGGUAUCAACAAUGGACGAAAACACAGGAUCUCAAAAUGUACCAUGUUGCUGACGAGAUGGUUUUCACUCUUGAUCCUGGAACACUCAAUUUACGAGCUGAUUUUAAUCGAUCCAGAGAAAAAUUUGAGAGCCACAAACAAGACAGAAGUUUAGUGAGAAACAGAAUCUACAAAAAUACCAUGUAUAUGGUAGAAUACAAAGAAAAGGAACAUUAUUAUGUACUCCUUGAAGCAGCAUCUCCUAUCAAGACAUUCUAUGAAACAUGUAAAGAGAAUAAAGAGUUUGAAAAAAACAAAAAAGAAGUUAUAUCUUCAUUUUAUUUCACCUUGAAAAAGCUCAUUAAAGAGAACCCAGAGACUAGGAAUGUUAUUAAAUUGAUUUAUUAUGAUGAUGAACUAGGAGAUGUUUCCAUUGCAGACAUAGUUAAAGAACGAAUAUUAAAGAUAAAAGACAAAGAGAAAGAACAACACAAUGGACAAGAUGGACUAUAAUGACAAACAACAAAAUUUAAGAAAAUGAGGACAAGAAGAGAAAAACAAGGGUAAAGAAAAAUAAGGAAUUAAAGUAACACAACUUUUUCUUGGAUCCAAUUUUUAUUUUUUUUAUAAAAUGUGACAAGCACAACCAUCAAAAUAUUUUAUACAUAAAUUUAUAACUAUGUAAAUCUAAUUGACAUGUUGUUAACUUUCUU